AUGCUCCGACGAUCCAUGCUCGUCUGUGCUCUGCUACUCCUCGCCGUGCAUCUUCCCGCUGCUCAUGCUCAAGAGGGUGGAAAAGCUGAAUGCCCGAAAGAUCCGGGUCGACCCCUCGCCUGCUUCGUCGUCAGGGAUGCUGCGCAACGAUCGGCUGCCGAUGUAGACGACCACUACUACCACAACGACCACGACCACCACCACCACCACUACAACGACGACCACAACAACAACGACGACUACCACAACUACAACGACGACUACCACUACGACAACGACAACGACCACACCACCACUACGACCGACAACUACCGCCACUACGACAGCUACAGCUACGACCACAGCAGCUACAGCGACAACCACCUCGACGGUCCCGCGGGCCGCGCUUUUGCCGUUUUCGUUCUCAAACGGAUGCGAACUGUGGUGGUGGUCGUGGUCGAGACCUCAAGUCCAGAAUUCUUCCCCGACUUAGCUGAAAUCCUGGCCAACGACUCAUUGGCCCGCAUCUGCUACCCGCGCCCGCUGAAGACCUACAUUCUCGGCCAGGGCAGGUACAAGCCGUGGUGCACCGAACCUCACGCCAAUCCGUUUGAGCCGAAGAAUGUGGCGAGCUGGGGAUGUAUGAUACUGCCAUUCUGCAAGCUGGGCCAGCCGGGAGAAUUUGAUGAACAAAAAUACCUGCGACCGGUCAGCGACAACGGAGACCUGCUGAACUGCAUGGAUAUUUGUCCAAGAAACGAAAAUGGCCGUGGAUUGACGGAGAAACCGGAUUGUCGACCCAUCCCUAGCAAUCCGGAAAAAGACUAUUUCGGUGUCCUCAGCAUUACGGAGAAGCUGGAUUGGUGCGACGUGGAGAAGUCGCGUCGCCGAGACCCGUGGUCACUCAACCCACCGUGCAAUCCGAUCCCGCAAUGUCGAGGAAAUGUCGACGGGCGUGCUCCGGAUACCAGGGAUUGGCGCAAGAAUCUGCUCUACUACAAGAAUGAUGUUGCCGGCAUCCCAUGCGUCGUCUACAAGCAGUGCAGUGCUUUGACGGAAGAGGAGCGGAAGGAGUUCCACUGCGUCGGCUCGGUCCAGACAACGAGCACGACAAAAGCCUCUACGACGACAACGGCAAAGACUACGGCAAAGACAACAACCGAGAAACCGAAAGACGGCCUGGGGGAUGAGGUCAUCUUGAUUGCAGCCCUGGGUGGCGGUCUCUUGGUGUUCAUCGUCGUGAUCAUCAUCGUGCUGUGCUUCUGUCUGAAGAAGAAAGACCAGGGCCCGAAGGGAAGCAAGCCGAUUGUCGAUGACAUGAUGAACGUCGGCGUUGGCACGGCGGUCGUCGACCUCGAUGUGCACUGCAAGCACUGGCGGAAGGUAAGCAUCCGACUACACGUGUCCACCUACUCGAUCCAACGAUCGGCAUCGCCAUCACUCGUCUACCAC